AUGAAAGGUCUUUUCAAAUUAUUAUCGAUUAUUUUGGGGAUUUGCCAAUUGGCUCUGUCGCUGAGCACAAUUGCUGAUAUGGACAGGAUGAAGCAUGAUUUGUCAAAGUUUUUGUCGAUUUCAAGAUUCAACGAAACAGAAAAAUCGGUGGCUCGAGCAGCCAUAAAAAGAGCCCUGGAAGCGGUCGGACUGAAUUCAAUGACCCACACUUUUAUUCACGAGGAAUCGAACGAAGUCGGCGCCAACGUGAUUGCUGUGCAAAAAGGUCCGUAUUUCGGAACUGGAAAUGACAAAAUGAUGAUUCUUUCCGCAAACUAUGAUACCCUAGAAGGAAAUCAAGGUGUCGAUGACAAUGGUUCCGGUGUCGCUGCUGUGUUAGAGGCCGCCCGAGUGUUGUCCACGCUGGAUAAUUUGUAUUCCAGGCAGAACACAAUUGUCUACGUGUUUUUCGAUAUGAAGCAUAAGGCUCUCGCCGGCUCCCACGCAUUUGUCGAAGACGUCCUUCUACCGCUAAUGGAACGCACUAACACAAAAGUUGUGGGUACUGUAAUCGCCGACGGUCUGCUACAUUUUGACCCGUUCCCGGCGUCCCAGGCAAUGCCAAAUGAGUUCGAGUCGUUCUUCCCGGAAGCCGCUCAAAAGCUCCACGAGCAUUCUCAUAUGGGAGAUUUUAUUCAAGUUUCGUCUCGAAGUGAUAUUGAUGACGAUUUGGUGCAAAAAUACACCAGAGCCUACGAUCGUUCAUGUGAGAUGCUCUCUUCAGACUGGUCAUUCCAUCCAUGGUCCCUGAAUCUUCAGAUGAACCUUGCUAACAUCACCUCACUAGACCGGUUAUACAAACUCCACCCGUUUUUGUACUCGGAUCACUCAUCAUUUUUCUUCCAUUCCAAGCAGAAAAGCGUGCAGAUUCCAACCAUAUAUUUGACUGAUACAUUAAACCUCCGCGGUGUCCGGCAGUACUGUGUGCAAUGUGAUGGUCUCUACAUGAUGACUGAACAAAACAUGAAAUUCCUGGCAUUGAUGACAGAUUCUCUGAUCAGAUUAUUGAUUGAUAUGAGCGGAUCGUCGGCGUCAGCCGUCGUCGAUGACUUGUACAGCUUCAUGUUCAAUAUCGAUGUGGAAUAAGAAGAAAAAUCGAUAAUUACCGGUUUUUGUUGAAAAACGUGUAUGUAUAUAUUUUUAUUACGUCAGAUUGUUAUACAGAUUUCUAUUGAUCUUAUAUUAAAUUUUGAAUAUGAAUUUUUAUUUAAA